CAUCAGUGUGCGCUGUAAACAUCUGGGUUGUCGGGUUUGGCAACAUACUGAUCUAGAUGGCAUUCCCGGUCUCGGACGAGCUACUGGGCACGUUCGUGCCCAUCGCGGUGUACUGGCUCUACUCGGGGCUGUACAUCGUGCUGGACGCGCUGGGGACGGCCGACCGCUACCGCCUCCACCCCAAGGAGGACGAGGAGACCAGGAACAUACCUUCCAAGCGCACCGUCCUCAAGGGCGUCCUCCUCCAGCAGGCCGUCCAGGUCGCCGUCUCGCUCAUCGUCUUCAAGAUCACCGGCGAUGGGAGCCGCGACACGAGGGAGCAGCCUCCGGCGCCGGUGAUAGCGCUGCAGUUCGUCGUGGCAAUGUUCGCCAUGGACACGUGGCAGUACUUCGUGCACAGGUACCUCCACACCAACAAGUUCCUCUACAAGCACGUCCACGCGCAGCACCACACCAUCCUGGUGCCCUACGCGUUCGGGGCGCUCUACAGCCACCCGCUGGAGGGCCUGCUCAUGGACACGGCUAGCGGCGCCGUCGGGUACCUCGCUUCCGGGAUGACCCCCCGCACCGCCAUCUUCUUCAUCUCGUUCGGCGCCAUCAAGACCGUCGACGACCACUGUGGCCUCUGGCUGCCCGGCAAUAUCUUCCACGCUGUCUUCGCCAACAACAGCGCCUUCCACAACAUCCACCACCAGCUCUACGGCAACAAGCACAACUUCUCGCAGCCCUUCUUCGUCGUGUGGGACAAGAUCCUCGGGACGUACAUGCCCUUCACGGUCCUGAGCCGCGAGGGUGGAGGAGUAGAGGCGCGCCCGGUUAAGCACGCCCUUGCGGCGCACGAGCAUCACAAGUCCCAUUGAGCAGCUGGUUUGGUUUCCCCUGAUAUAUAUAUAGGUUCAUUUGGCUAGAUAUAUAGAACUUCACUACAGACGAUGUAUGUGCUCAUGUUCUGGCACUAAUAAUGUGGUUUCUCACUAUUUAUAUAUUGUGCUCCCUUAUGAA